CUUUCAGAGAAGAUGCCGCGGUAUGAUGACAGGUAUGGUGGCACGCGCCUAUAUGUUGGACAUUUGUCAUCCCGAACGCGAUCUCGAGACUUGGAGGACGUCUUUAGCAGAUAUGGGAGGUUUCUAUGUUUUUGCCCAAUCCGGAGGUUUGUGGUGGGAGGUUGCCCUUGAUGGAAUUGGUUCCCAUUCUUGCGGAGUGUGGCGAUUCUUUCUAUAAUGUUAUUGCGUAUUUUUUUGAUGGAAAUGGCACAAUCCAAAAAGUGGUGUUUAGUUCAUCUUUGAGGGGCGAAGUAUCAACCCUUUGGUUCUUAUGACUUGAUGGCCUUACUGUUUCUGGAACCCAUUUACGCAGAGUACGUGAUGUGGAUAUGAAGCGUGACUAUGCUUUUGUGGAGUUUAGUGAUCCUCGAGAUGCCGAUGAUGCAAGAUAUGGCCUAAAUGGGCGAGAUGUUGAUGGAAGCCGCGUUAUCGUGGAGUUCGCCAAAGGGGUGCCUCGUGGUCCAGGUGGAUCUCGAGAGUUUGGUGGCAGAGGUCCUCCUCCAGGUACAGGUCGUUGCUUUAAUUGUGGAAUUGAUGGACAUUGGGCUCGAGAUUGUAAAGCUGGGGACUGGAAGAACAAGUGUUACCGCUGUGGAGAUCGAGGUCAUAUAGAAAGAAACUGUCAGAACAGCCCCAAGAAAUUGAAACGUGACCGAAGUUAUUCCCGCUCGCCAUCUCCUCGGCGUGGAAGAAGCCGCAGCCGCAGUUACAGCAGAGGUCGUAGCUACAGCCGAUCCAGGUCUCCUGUGAAGAGGGACCGUAGCAUUGAGCGUGAAGAGAAGAGAUCAAGGAGUCCUCGCCAACAUAGGCCAUCACCACCUCCAUCAAAGGGAAGGAAACACAGCCCUUCACCUGAUGAAAGAAGUCCACAAGAGAGAGGUACGCCAUCACCAAGGGAUGAUAGGGCAACCAAUGGUUCUGACCGCAGCAGGAGCCCUAAAGAUGAUGCUAGAAUGGAUGAACGUGGAGAUAUUAGCCCUGUUGAAGAAAAUGGCCGUAGUCGCAGCAAUAGCCCCAUCCAUAGGGAGGACAGAAGCCCAGUGGAGGACGGAAGCCCAACAGGUGACUAUGAAAAUCAUGGUUCUCCAAGGGGUUCUCCAAGGGGCAGUGAGUCACCCUAAAAUGUGCAUAUGAUACAUUGUGGUAAGUGAAUGUUUGACUCACAACUAUGCAUAUGAUACUGUCAGUGUGGCAAGUGAAUAUUUGACUCACAACUAUCUCAUCCUUGGCACUUUGAUUUUGUAGUAUUUUUUCCCUAUAUUUGGAAACCAUGUAAUUGAUUUUUCUUAGAAUGACCGGAAUUUG